CUCAAUUUGUAAUCCAUCAGCAAAAUGUUCCUCUUCACUUUGGUGCUCGUGGUGCUGUUUCUACCGGAAGCUGACACCCUGAAAUGUGAAUGUGUACCUGGCCCCUAUGUAAAUUGCUAUGCAGAAACAAUUGAAUGUUCCUCACAGAACUAUAGUUGUUUAGUAGCAACAGAAGUCAAAGUUAAAGAUGGUGCAAACAUUACUGAGUGGAACUACAAAGGUUGCAUUAUGUCUGAACUGUGUCUUAAUUACUCUGUCAACUAUGGAGCUUACAGAAUUGUACAAAACAGCAGGUGCUGCAGUGAAGAUCUCUGCAACGCCCAGAUUAACUACACAAAACCUGAGUACAAUUCCACUCCAAAUGGAAAAAAGUGCUUCAGCUGUGAUGGAGAAAACCGCAUGAAAACCCUUAACUGUGCAGGAAAUCAAAACUACUGCGUUAAAGUAACAGAAAAUGUAGAUGGAACAAGUCUGACGCUGAAGGGAUGUGCCUCUGAGUUGGUGUGCUCAGAUCAUUUCUCUUCACGGGUGAAUCAGUUCACUGAAGCGAAGAUUAGCUUCUGCCAGGGCAACUAUUGCAGCAGCACCAGCAGCACCAGCAGCGCCAGCAGCACCAGUCCCACCCUGCUGCUCCUGUUGGUGUCUCUGUUGUUUUCUAACUUAUUUUCUUAGCUCACAGAAGCUACUGCAUUUUAUAAAUACUCUGUCUAAUUCAAUUUAUAUUUUUGUCAUUUUGUCUUGGUUCCCCUUGUAAAAGAGUCCAGAAUAAUCAGCAUCUCAUUGUGUUCAUCUUUACUUCAUCUGCAUGUGACACAUAUAUAAAGUUCUUGCCAGUGAGGAGAAAAAAAAAAGAAUAAAUGAAUUACUUCUGGUGUUCCUCUUCAUGUGAUUUAAAACUCGUCACGUUUUUAGACUGAGUUCAGGGAAAAUAUCAACUGAACAAACUGAACCAUGAAUGUA